AACCAUGAAUCAUUCACAUGCCAGCUGUCCCCUCUCUUUCUGUACAGUACAGCAUACCAUGUGUUUACAACUCUGACAGAAUUGAGGCUUCUUUAAAAUACCUUCCUUCUACACCUGCAGACUAAAGGAUCUUACCACCAGAAUGUACACAACUUGUAUUUCCCCCACUAAAGAUUUGAAGCAUCAACUGUAACAGAAGUGUUGAUUCAAAGGAAUUACUUGCGUGACACCAUGUCUUUUCCCAAAAUCCUGUGCUGUUUGCUGCUAACGUAUCACCUCAGUGAGGGGAAGAAAAUCAAAGAAAACAGAGCAGGUGCAGUGGACACAGAGCAGAGGGUAGUCUGGAGGAUGAAAGAGCCGUAUGUCAGCAGUUCGGUCUUCAGGAUGUUUUUAGAAGGUGAGGACAACUGCAUACUGAACCCUCUGCAGCUGCACACUCUCACCUCCUGUGGCUUCAACAGCAGUAAUCCCCUCAUCAUCAUCACUCACGGGUGGUCGGUGGAUGGAAUGAUGGAGGGCUGGGUGUUCAGGUUAGCCACAACUCUAAAGACAAAUCUAAUAGACAUCAACGUGGUGAUUACCGACUGGUUGUCCCUGGCUCAACAGCACUAUGCCACAGCUGCACAGAGCACCCGCACUGUUGGAAAAGACAUAGCUCACCUGCUGCAGUCACUUCAGAUACACUACCAGUACCCAGUUAGAGAGGUUCAUUUAAUUGGCUACAGCCUUGGCGCUCACAUCUCUGGAUUUGCUGGAAGCUAUCUGGAAGGUUCAGAGAAAAUUGGAAGAAUUACUGGUCUCGAUCCAGCGGGGCCACUGUUUGAAGGCAUGUCUCCCACAGACAGACUGUCCCCUGAUGAUGCUGAAUUUGUAGAUGCCAUCCACACCUUCACCCAGAAACAUUUGGGCCUCAGUGUGGGCAUCAAGCAAGCUGUGGCACAUUAUGACUUUUACCCCAACGGAGGAGACUUCCAACCAGGAUGUCACCUGCAUAAUAUUUACGAGCACAUAAGCCAGUAUGGACUCCUUGGUUUCGAGCAGACAGUAAAAUGUGCACAUGAGAGGUCCGUCCAUCUAUUCAUUGACUCUGUGCAGAAUAAAGACAAGCAGAGCAUGGCCUACAGGUGCAGUGACACAAGGGCUUUUGACAAAGGUGUUUGUCUGGACUGUCGGAAGAAUCGUUGCAACACACUGGGCUACAAUAUCAAGAAGGUUCGCAGUGGCACCAGCAAGAGACUCUACCUGAAAACACGCUCUUGGAUGCCUUACAAACUCUAUCAUUACCAGUUCAGGAUCCAGUUUGUCAACCAGAUGGAGGGGAUCGAGCCUCUUCUAACCAUCUCCCUCACUGGAACAAAGGAGGAGAGCGGAGAGCUACCCAUCACCGUCACUGAAAGGAUUUCAGGUAAUAAGACCUACACCUUCCUGAUCACCCUGGACAGAGACUUAGGGGAUCUGAUGUUGCUCAAAUUGCGCUGGGAGGGAUCUGCUCUGUGGAAGAAAGUGUGGAACCAGAUGCAAAACAUCAUUCCCUGGGGUGGCCCGGAGAGAAAACCACUGCUGACUGUGGGCAAGAUCAACGUCAAAGCAGGCGAGACGCAGGAGAGGACUUUUUUUUGUGCCACAACAAAUGAUGGGCGGCAAGUUGAAGUGUCGCAAGAUAAAGUGUUUGUGCGCUGUAAAGAAGACACACCAAAACAGCACAGAAGACAGCACAACUAAUAAAGUUGUGUGGGUUCCUUAAUCUGUUCAACAGACUGAAGAUCUCUGAUGGUUGGCCUUCAAGUUCACAACUGGAUCCAAGUGUGUAAAAUCCUCAAAGUGAAGGUGCACAGAUUGAGGCAAUAAAUUAAAAAAUACAUGUAUAUAAAAAAGGUGGCUGAGUUGGGCCUGGCUACCAUUAAUUAAUUGUUGGAAGGAGAUCAUUUGAAAUCUUUUGCACAGCUGCAGCAAUGUUUAAGUUUGCCUUCAAAAGACCUGUUUUGAUACUUUCGAAUAAGGCAUUAUGUAAUGACUCAGCAAAUGGGAAGCAAUCAAUGGACCUCCAACAGACGUGGAAUGGUACUUCAUUUACAUUACAGAAAAUAAUUUUGUGGAAAGAAAGCAUUCAUCCAAAAUGUAUAAAACCUUACAAAGUAGAUAUGUCCCAAGAUACAAUGUUGACUUACCUUUAAAUCUACUGUAUUAUAUGCAGGGAUGUAUAUCGUCUCUACGGGGAUAAUUUUUAUAUCUUAAGGUAUUGUUAACUGCAGGGAAACUGAUAACUAUUUCUUGGUUGCAAAAUAAACCCCCUACGGAAGAAAAAUGGAGUAAGACACCGAGACAGGUGUACAUAGUGAAAGAAAUGACUACACAACUGCAAAUUGAAAAAGGAUGUUUUUGUGCAGAGAUGGACACCGGCUAUUCUGUGUCUAGAUGAUCAGAAGAAAUGAUCUACCCCCUUUUUUGUGGUACUUUUGUGGUGAAAUAAUGUUUUUCCCCCUUUAAGAACUUGUAAUUUAAAUGUUAAAUGAGCAUUGUUGUCAAGGAAAGUUCAAAAUUGUCAAUGUAUUAGUUUGAUACUAAUUCAACUAAACUUUUUGAAAUUGUCUGAAAGAUGUGGCAGUUAACAAACAGAGAACAGUCAGAUGUUUAAUGACCAUUUGGUGACGUUAAUUCCAAAAGAUGUAAAUGUAUUUUUUUUGUAAAUGUCAUGUAAAAUGAUCAUUCUCAUCAUUUAAAAACCUACAUUAUUCAUGCCAAUAACAUAUUAAUACACUUGUUAAUCAAACUAGGACCAGAGCAAUAAAUAUACAUCUUUACUUUUGUUUUGUGGUUGGUAGAUUUUACAUCUGUAAAAUCAAAAGCGGGUUUAAUCACAGAGAGCUGUGAAUAAACACAAGCUCAGGUCAGACCCUCUUGUCCUGUCAAGCUGCUCCAAAAUCUGACAUCUGAAUGUUUGACUUUGAUGGUGUAAUGAAAAAAAGCACUCAAACCUGUUGAACAAUCAUAAUACUACUUUUUAUGUACAAACAGUGAAAACAAACAUUUGAUCAACUCUGAUUUAUUAAUGCAUUUCAAGUAGUUCAAAAGAAAUUAUAUUUUGCACAAACCUUUGCAAAUUGAGUCAAAUUUUCAAGCAGAAAGGGAAAUGGAACAAAGUAAAUAAAAACAAAAGACCAUCGGAGACACUGUAUAAAACACAAAAGACAUUAAAAUCAGACAAGUACUGAAUCUUUACCAUUUUGGAUUCUCCGUUUACACCACUUACACUUGAGUGCACAUUUUCUCAACAACAUUGCAACACGUGUGAAAGAAACAUUUGCCAUUAAGUAUUAUCCCCCUCACAACCAGUAUUGGCCACAUCCUA